AUGGCACGCCAAGGAAACAGAGCAAGUUCAGCCUUGAGAAACGGAGUCAGCUCCCUGUCCACGGGGUUUUCCAUUAAAAAUGAAACUUCGAACAUGAAGAGGUCUUUGUGUCUAAAGCCCACAUCGCACUCCGGCAGAAGCAAUGUCACAUGGCUAUCUAGUAUGUACAUAUUUGCCUCUAUUGUGCUGUUUAGCAUUUUCGUUAACACGCUCUCACAGAUUCUCUACUCUGUGGUAAAGCUUGGACUCUUUUCCAUGAGCAUAAUGGGGCCGCCUCUUCUCUUUAUUGGUGCUUCCAUUCCGAUUGUUCUUGGCACAGCAUUUCUGUACCACAAAGUGUUCGAUGUAAAGAUGGUCAUAACCAGCUAUUUAUUAAUACUGUCAUACACAGUGGGUCUUCCGCUGCUUCUUAUGGACAGAACUUUGUUUCUGAUUCUUCCCAUCCGACUCAUGGAGAUACACAAAACAAUAUUCAGCUUUGCACCUAUGAUAGUGCUAGGACUGAUUUCUCAGUACAUUAUCAGAAUAAACCUGAAGCCAAUCACAGAGCCUGCUACAAACGAAAGAUCUGAGUUUAUUCGGCAGUUCACGAUAAUACUGGGACAGACUCUUUCCAGCCUGCUGUUCUACUAUAUGCUGCUAGCGCCUUCAUCCACUGAGAACUAUCUUAAGCCAGGAACAGACAAAUUUUUUUAG